AUGAGUCGUGACAUUAAGGAAGCCCCAGCUUGUUCACCCAUGGCUCCAGUUUACUCACCCAUGAGUCUGAAGUACUCACCCACAACUCCGAGCCUCACUCCCACGAGUCCAAAGUACUCGCCAACGACCCCAGUCUUCAAACCAAAAACACCUGAGCCCCAAAACCCCCUGGCAACUGUACCCUCAGAAACCAGACAGUCCAAGCUAUAUAGGAUGGACUGCUGCCAGUGCGGAGGCGGGGGUUACAGUCAAUUCCCGUACCCAGCUUGCCAGAACUGCGGUCAUGACCAAUGCGACGCUUGCACAGGCAACUCCUAA